GUUAUCCACCUGCUGACACGCCGAAUACAGCUUCUAUUUUCUCAUUAGCAUCACUGUCAUUCUUCAUAUGACGCCCAUCGCGAUCGCGUAUGUGAUACCAGUCCGUCGCUAGGUCGACAUCGAGUUAAAAAAGAAAAGUGACAUCAGAAUUCCAUUUCAUUUCUUUUAUAAAUAUGUAUCAAACUUUUGUUUUUCGGAAAUAAGUAUAUUUGUUUGGGUGAACAACUCGUCAACAUCGAUAUUUAUUUACGGUAUUUUAAUAUUUUACACGCGAUGAGAAUGACAGUGCAACGAACUUUUCUAGUCGCACUCUUCUUUAUGCAUGUAAAUUUGUUGCAUGGCUUUACGAAAGACGAUGAUAUUUGUUAUCGACAUCGUCCACAUAUCGACGAUCAUCCCGAAUGCAAUUUUGUAAAAGAUCGGCAACUUCUCGUUUGUUUUAACGGUCUUAAAGAUGAAUGGAGAGCAAGGGCCGAACAUGUACACGUACUUAUUCUUUGCGCGUGGCCGAAGGCAACGUUUAACCCGCAGGAGAUUUUACGGGGAUUCACGUUCUUACGAAAAUUAAUGAUUGCGAACAGUAACUUAACUCGAUUGUCAACCGCAUUUCCGAGCGAGAUGCAAUUUCUGGAGAAAAUCAAUGUGACCGGCACCAAACUGCGUUCCCUACCGAAAGAUGCGUUCUCCAAUCUGCGGACUUUGAGGUGUCUUGAUUUAAGAAACAAUACUCUCGGAGAGAUUAAUAUUACGGCUUUCGAUAUACCUGCGUUGAAACACAUUUAUCUGGCCGGUAAUCCAUUGAGAUGUACGGAAGAUGUAGCGUGGAUUUUGGACUCCAGUGAAGGAUCAGCCGCGAGUAAAGUCGUCGACAAAGACAAAUUACUUUGCGCCACGCCGUAUGAUGGAAGACCGCUUGUCCCGAUCGUCGAGAUAAUCGCGACAUUGAAAAAGGAAUGCAAAAAGACGGUUUGCGACUGCGAAUUGAUUUAUGUGGUUGGUGCGGGCAAACUUACGCAGAGGCAGCUUAUAGCUUUUACCUCGGUCAACUGUAGCCAUCGCGGUUUAAUGGAAAUGCCUAAUUUUUUACCUGCAGAUACAACGACCCUUCGCCUAAGUGGAAACAAGAUCAAGGACCUAACUCCGCUUACGACAAAUCCUGCUUACAAGUCCGUGCGGGACCUCUACAUAGACGAUAAUCUGGUAGAAUCUAUCGCUCGGCUUGAAGGAUCAGACUGGCUGGACCGUUUCCGUCUCCUUAAUCUUCGAGGGAAUAAACUUACCGACUUACCUACUUACGCUCUGGAGAACGCGUUGCUGCACAAUAACAAUGUAGCUGGCCUGUACCUCGGCAAUAAUUCGUGGGCAUGCGACUGUCACUUUACACCAAGCUUUCAGGAUCUUCUGAUCAGGCAUUCAAAUAUAAUAAAAGAUAUCAACGACAUAAGGUGCGCUUUUACGAGUGACAGCGAUAACUCAAACAAACAGAUCCGCGAUCUUACGCGGACGGAGAUUUGCAUUUCACCAGACGAAGAUUCUUGGCUUCAUCCCCUCGACAUUUUGAACAUCGUAUUGGCGUCAUUAAUAUUUCUCGUGCUUGGCAAGCUUUUGUACGAUUACUGGUCUUUUAAGAAAACCGGGAAGCUACCUUGGAUCGUCGCCAAAAUACCAUGAUAGCGGUACAAGUGCCUCUUAUCCCUUGCAAAAGAGCUAUCAAGUGUUUGAUCAUUAGAAUAACGAUGGAGAUUGUAGCGGAGGGAUGAAUAUAUCCGCAUAAAAAUAUUCCUUUACUUACAAGAUCUUCGACGUACACACUUUUUUCUUGUAAAUUUAGUAACUAACUUCGAAUUUAAUUAAACUUUUUUAACAUAAAUAAUAAAUGAAGACGAGAUACGAAUAUGUGU